UUUCGAGAUAAUGAUUACUUUUAUUGUUUUUCAAAUUACCUCUCUACAUAACUCUCGUGUCUGUUCAGAAGGCCUCGAGACGGAAAGGGAAUAAUUAAGGGAACCAAGGUUUGUAGGAUUGUAAGCACCGAGGGAUUCGUUCUUUAGUACUCUGACUCCGUCCAGAGUGGGAAACAGUAAAUACUGCAACUGCACGUCUCCGAGAACAGAGUACACGGAUGUCGGCCGAACUGCUCACCUCUGCCGUGUCCUGGUACAUGGACGCUGUUCCCGACAUCUCAAUUGAGCUGAUUGACCGCCGUCUAUCCGUCCAAGUCGGCUGGAACGACGAUUCCUGGCGAUGGCUGGCCGUCACUGUCGUCGCGGUCGUGCUUCCGCUUCUUCUCAAAAAACUCAAGCGGUCGUCGGGCACGCAGCUGUUUUCGUACACGUUUGGGUAUAAGUUUCCAGCCGAGUCUUUGCCGGAUUGGAAGCCCCCGACGAGCGUGCCGAUCGGUGUUUCUCCGAUCCCGCUGCUCCGCACAAAGAACGAGCCCGAGAUGAUUCAAUGCUAUUGCCCUGCCACGGGCGCGUAUCUCGGGCGCAUCCGCGCGGCGACAAAGGCCGAUAUCGAUUCGGCGGUGAGUAAAUGCAAGACUGUGCAGGAGGCAAAGUGGAAGAAUACGACGUUUGAGGAGCGGAAACAUGUUUUGAGAACUCUGCUUGGGUUUUUGAAGAAGAAUCAGGAAAAGAUGGCUAGAGUUGCGUGCAGGGAUAGUGGGAAGACGAUGGUUGACGCGGCUCUUGGUGAGAUCCUAGUCACUCUUGAGAAGCUAUCAUGGACAAUCAAGUACGGCGAAGACGCGUUAAAACCUUCGAAGCGAGUUGGUCCUGCGAAUCUUCUGAUCCGAUAUAAGGAUGCGGAAGUUAUAUACGAACCGUUAGGAGUAGUCUUGGCGCUUGUAUCGUGGAAUUAUCCGCUCCACAAUCUUCUAAAUCCUAUAAUAUCGGCGCUUUUCAGCGGUAACGGCAUCGUUGUAAAGUGCUCAGAACAAGUUGUCUGGUCAUCCACGCAUUUCAUCGCAAUCGUGCGUAGCUGCCUGGUCGCCUGCGGCCAUUCACCUGAUAUCGUCCAGCUAGUCUGUCCCUGGCCGGAGGACACAGACUAUCUGACUGCGCACCCGUCGAUCUCGCAAGUGACGUUUAUCGGCUCGAAGCCUGUCGCGCAUAAAGUUCUCAACGCGGCGGCGAAGUCGCUGACUCCGGUCACGGUCGAGUUGGGAGGCAAGGACGCGGCGAUCGUGCUGGACGAGUAUCAAAAGUCGUGGAAGAGCUGCGAUGCUUUGGCGUCGGUGCUGAUGCGCGGGUCGUUCCAGUCCGCGGGGCAGAAUUGCAUUGGCAUCGAGAGGAUCGUGGCCGAGCCGAAGGCGUACGAGGCACUUGUGUCGACGUUCAAGAAGAGGGUUCCGAUCUUACGGAUCGGGUCGGUGCUUGAUGAGAAACAGCCAGUCGACAUGGGCGCGAUGAUUAGCGACGCGAGGUUUUCAACCCUCAAGUUUCUGAUCGACGACGCGGUGCAUCAUGGAGCGAAACUGUUGUGUGGAGGACAGCGGUACAAGCAUCUACAGUACAAAUACGGAUCAUAUUUCGAGCCGACGCUGCUCAUAGAUGUGACGCCGGAGAUGCUGAUUGCUCGGACAGAGCUGUUUGCACCAAUUAUGGUCAUGAUGAAAGCCACCUCUGUCGACGACGCGAUCCGGAUAGCGAAUGCCCCGGAUUUCGGGCUCGGCGGAUCAGUAUUCGGCAAGCGCGGAAGCAAAGCGACCGAGCGCGUCGUGCGCGAGAUGAAGACGGGCAACGUGGCCGUCAACGACUUUGCGACGUUCUACGUCUGCCAGCUGCCGUUCGGAGGAGUCAAGGGCUCCGGCUACGGCAAAUUCGGGGGAGAAGAAGGGCUGCGCGCGCUUUGUCUGGCAAAGAGCGUGUGCAGAGACAAGUACCCGUUAAUCAGCACGAGCAUUCCUGGGAUUGUGGAUUAUCCGCUUAUGCAGAUGGACAGUGCGUGGGCGUUCGUGCGGGCUAUGAAUGUAGCUUCGUAUGCGAGCGGGGUGUGGGAGUUUGUGUGGAAUUUGAUUCUGCUGGUGUGGAAUCUGAAGUGAUAGAGUGAAGUUGUUGGUUUUCCCAAAACAAUGCAAAUAUGUACAAACUAUAUACAAUAGA